CAGGGGCGGACUGACAACUCAUGGGGCUCCCGGGCAAUAGGGGAUCAUGGGGCCCCUGUGUCCUUGCCCAAACUCAAAAAAGCCUAUGUUAAAGGUACCAGGUGCAUCUCAUGGGGCCCCCUACUGACCCCGGGCCCUCAGGCAGUGCCCAAGUUUCCAAAUGGUCAGUCCGCCCCUGGAUGGGACAAAGUUCCAGAAGGAUAACCAUCACUGCAGCCCUUAACCAAUCUGCACUUUAUGGCACUCCAGGCUUUAAGUCCUACCUGUAAUGUUAACUCAUUCAUUUUAUUUUAUCUGGUCAGA